CUUUUCAUUCGAGCGAAGACCGAGAGAGAGUGUUAUGACAUCAGUGUAUAUCUGGCUUCUCCGUGUAAAUAGCUGGUGAGGGUUAAAGAGGCGAAAGAAAGCAUGAGUGGAGACGGAAAGACUGUGUGCGUCACAGGUGCCUCUGGUUACAUCGCUUCAUGGCUAGUGAAGCUUCUUCUCCAGCGUGGUUACACCGUCAGAGCCACCGUCCGCAACCUUAAUGAUCCCAAGAAGACGGAACACCUACGGGCGCUGGAUGGAGCAAGUGAAAGACUCCAUCUGUUCAAAGCGGAAUUGCUGGAAGAUGGAGCAUUUGAUGGUGUGAUCAACGGCUGUGAUGGGGUUUUCCACACUGCCUCUCCCUUUAUGCACACUGCUGAUGAUCCUCAGGCUGACUUGAUUGACCCUGCGGUGAAGGGAACUCUUAAUGUACUCCGUUCAUGUGCAAAAUCUUCCUCCGUUAAAAGGGUGGUUGUCACUUCCUCAACGGCUGCAAUCGCAUACAACGAUAAACCUCUAGCUCCUGAUGUUGUAGUUGACGAAACUUGGUUUACUGAUCCUGAGUUUUGUACGAAGGCACAGGCUUGGUAUGUACUUUCAAAGACAUUGGCUGAGGAGGCUGCUUGGAAGUUUGCAAAGGAGAAUGCAAUUGAGAUGGUUGUAGUAAAUCCAGGAAUGGUGAUUGGUCCUCUUUUGCAGCCAACUCUUAAUACAAGUGCUGCUGGCAUUCUGGCCUUAAUAAAUGGAUCAUCUACAUUUCCCAAUUUAUGUUUUCCAUGGGUGGAUAUCAAGGAUGUUGGCAAGGCACAUAUUCUGGCUUUUGAGGUUGCUUCAGCAAGAGGAAGAUAUUGUUUAGUUGAGAGAGUUGCUCACUAUUCAGAGGUGGUCAAGAUUUUACAGGAGCUUUUCCCUACAAUCCAACUUCCUGAUAAGUGCGUGGGGGAUGAUAACCCCUUCUCGUGCAAGUACCAGGUAUCUAAGGAGAGAGCCAAAAGCUUAGGCAUUGACUUCAUUCCUAUGGAGGUGAGCCUCAAGGAGACAGUUGAGAGCUUGAAGGAGAAAAAUUUUGUCAGUUUCUGAGGUCUUGUUUGUAUUUUAAGUUACUCUACAUAAGCUACUUACACCUCGGGUUACUUAUCUCGGUUCCUACUUAUUUAGCAGAUUAGUAUAUUUGGUAAACAACAGGAUUUUUAGCCAAAAAAUAAAAAUGUAUGUUUAGCUUCCUACGUCACAUCAAGUACUUAUUUGCUUUUGUCCA